UAAUUAGUUGUAUGAGACCUUUGGACAGCGAUAAUGGAAGAGUUAGCUCCCUUAGAAGAACUCUCAAGAUGGCGUCAAGCUCACUACUUCGUGCUUGCGGGGGAGCAAGACAAUUGUUCUUCAGGCCUAAUGCAUUACAGAAGGCUUUAUCUUGCCAGGUCCAAAAAGACAUAUCUGCUAAAAUAUUUUCAACAUCAUCAUCAUCUUCAAGUCUAGAAUAUUUUCGUGCAAGGAGAGGUCCUUUUAAACCAGAAGAGAAACAGAAGGGACACUCCAUGCUGGCCUCAACCCAUUGGAAAGUAGAGAGAGUGGUAGCCAUCUCUAUGAUACCUAUUCUGCCUGCCUGUAUCUACAUGGGAGGCCCUGUAUCUGAUUUCAUCAUAACUACUGCAGUGUUAGCUCAUGGGCACUGGGGUGUUCACGGUGUGCUGGUGGACUACGUUGAGAAAUUCUUCCCACCCAUCCACUAUCUCUGGUACAUGGUGAUGAUCAUGGGCUUUGCGGGCAUGAUGCAUUUUAACUACAAUGACGUUGGUAUCACAAAGGCUAUUGCCAUGUUCUGGGCCUUGUGAUAUGAUCAUGUACUUAUAUCCAAAAUGAUUAAAAGAAAUGACAUUUUUAAUAAUGAUGAGACACUACACUUAAUUAGCGGGAAAAACCAUUUUGCUUUUUUUGCAAUGUUUGUUGGCAUCGUUAAACUUUCUGAACUUACUGACAUAGAAAGUGUACUUGCUUAUUAAGUCAUGAUAGCGAACAUACAGACAUGAUGUGACAAAGAAUUUUGAAAUGCUGAAAAAUGUGUAUUCUGGUACUAGAUUUUCUUGGUUGUUAAAGAAGGCUUGAUAGUUUGCUUCUGUGGCAUACACACUGAAUCUGAUGAUCACUUUAAUACACUUUUGUGUGGUAAAUAAUGUAGAUGGAAGUGUGAAGGAAGUUGAUCUUUGAAGUCAGAAAUUUUCAGGAAUAGGAGGUUAUAAUAUUAUUUUAUACAUAAAUUGAAUGGAAAGGAUGCAUGACUUUGUAGUUCACAAUAUCUGAUUUUGGGUUAUUUAUUACAUGCAUACUUUUAGAAUUCUGUAUUUGAAUUCUAUUUUGGUGCAUAAUUCAUGAAAAAAUCUAUUAAUUUGUGCUCUAAAUAUAUAUAUGUUGUACAAAAUAAAGAAAUUUUGCUA